GACGAGCAGGCGGCGGCGGCGGCGGCGGCGGCGGAGGGGGGCAAGGCCGGCGCGGCCCCGCCGGAGCGGACCUGGCUGGCCUGGCGACCCCGGCUCCGCACGCUCCUGCUGGACCUCGUCCUCAUCUACGUGUCCGUGCCCUUCCUCAUCCGCCUCUUCCCCGUGCUGCUCACCAAGUUCGUCUUCCUCAACUUCCUGGCGUUCCCCUACUUCGCCGACCUCCGGCGGCCGGAGCUGCUGCUCAACAACACCGUGAGCUUCUAUCUCGCCACCGAGCCCGACGUGACCGUCGGCGUCUGGCACACGGUGCCGAGCAGCCGGGCGGCCGAGGCCCGGGGCAAGGAGCGCGGCUGGUACGAGGAGGCGCUGGCGGACGCGCACCCCGUCAUCAUCUACCUCCACGGCAACGGCGGGACGAGGGCCGCGAGUCACCGCGUGCAGUUCAUGAAGCUCAUGGGCACCGCCGGCUUCCACGUCCUGGCCCUCGACUACCGAGGCUACGGGGACUCCGGCGGCCACCCCACCGAGAGCGGCUUCACCACCGACGUGCUGGCCCUCUACGACUGGGUGAAAGCGCGGAGCAGCACCAGCGCCGUCAUCUUCUGGGGACACUCCUUGGGCACCGGGAUAGCAACCAACGCCGCCAGGAAGCUGCAGGAGGACAGAGGGCUCCAGGUUGAUGCUGUGGUCUUGGAGUCGCCCUACACCAACAUCCGCGACGCGGCCGCCCACAUCCCCAUCACCAAGAUUUACCGCCGCUUCCCGGGCUUCGAGUACCUCAUCCUGGAUUCGAUGGCUCUGGGUGACAUGUUCUUCCGCAGCGACGAGAACGUGAAGUUGCUGUCCUGCCCGCUGCUCAUCCUGCACGCCGAGGACGACGCCGUCCUACCCCCGCAGCUGGGCCGCAAGCUCUUCGAGGCCGCGCGCGGCGCCUACGCCGACGAGAGCAAGGUGAAGUUCGUCACCUUCCCCGCGGAGCUGGGCCUGGGCCACGACUACAUCUCCUCCAACCCGGAGCUGCCCGGCCUCGUCAAAGACUUCUUGAACAUCGAGUGACGCCACGGGCAGAGCGAACGCGCCGCCUCCCCCCAGCACUCGCCGCGGCGCAGAACCUCCUCCGGAUGUAAUAAAAAAAAAAGGGGGGGGGGGGGAAAAAAAAAACCUAUCGCGAGACUUUCCAACCCACCUGCUGCCUCGGGGGUGCCGCUGCGGGUUGCUCCCGUCCGGCCCACCACGAGCUGGGGCUGGCCGCGAGCCGGGCGUUGGAACGGUUUCGCUUUCUGUGCCCCGUGCGAGUUAAUAAAAAAAGAACAAAAA